AUGGUGGUAGAAGUGGUGGUGGUGAAGGUGGUGGAUGAUGGUGGUGGUGGUGAUAAUGGUGGUGGAGGUGGUAGAGGUGUUGGUGGUGGUGGUGAUGGUGGUAGAAGUGGUGGUGGUGAAGGUAAUAGAGGUGGUAGUGGUGAUGAUGGAGGCAGUGGAGGUGAUGGCAGUGGUAGUGCUGGUGAUGGUGGUGGAGGUGGGGGUCGUGGUGGUGGAGGUGGGGGUCGUGGUGGUGGAGGUUAUGAAGGUAGAGGUGGUGGUAGUGGUGGUGGUGGAGGUGGUGGGGUAGCUGUGGGUGAUAGUGGAAGUUAUGAUCAUGGUGAUGGGUGA